GCUUGUUUAUCCCCAUCCCUCCCUCUUUGCUCGGCCUCGCGUGUUGGAAUGCCAGCCACUGGUUCACCUUGGUUUGACAAAUGGUUCCCAAUGAAAGCCAUGAUGCCUAGAACUGCACCAUGUCGCUUUUUGAAAUUAUCUGUCUGAUUUCAAACGUUCUCAUUGCAGGCUGGGUCAUCGCAACAUGCCUACCCGCUACAAGGCAUACCCUCCAGUGUGCUUUUAAGGGAUGUCCGCCAAACGCGCUCCUUGACGGCUAUCAGAGAGUAGGAGCUUCUUAUAGCACCCCAUCGGGAUUUCUGGUGGCCUUGCGCACCAACUCUCGACCAUACCUCCUGCUGGCCACAAAUGCGUGUGUCUGUGUUGCUUCCCUACUGCGAGCCAUAUUCGCAAAGACUCUAGCCAGUAGAGUACAAUCAUGGAUACAGUUCGUGUCGUGGCUUUUGCUUCUCGCGCAAUGGACCUUUCUCACAAGCGAAACAUCGCCGAUGGUACGGUACUUCUGGGCCUUAAAGGGAGGAGUAGCUGGUUGCUUGAUGAUUGGGGGCCUAGCCUUGGAAAACACAGUUGCGAGAGACGAGGCAGGGCUCGGACAACCCACACCACCUCUUGCAUGGUCGAUUUACGUCCUUGGCGACGUCGUUGUUCUCAUCUCCUUGUCUUACCCGCGCGGUGCCCCCCUAUAUCGGAACGGUAGGCCAAUCGAUGAGGAAGAGGCAUCUUCUGUACUUGGACGACUGUCAUUUCAAUGGGCAACUAAGCUUGUUUCGCGGUCCGCCUCUAAUACAUCAAUUGGCCUGGAUGAUCUUCCGGAACUGAGCGACAAAAUGCGAGCAACUAGUUUGCAAACUGACUUUCUCGACGUGCAAGAUAGAUUGUCCUUCUCUGAGAUAAACCCGUCAAAGAUGGUAAAAAUAUUAUCAUCACUGUAUUGGAAGGAGAUGCUCCAUCAGGUUCUGCUCUCCGUGCCGCUAGCGAUUCUAGCUUUUGCUCCGCAGCUAGCUCUCCGUGAAAUGCUACAGCUUUUGGACAAACAUAGCGCGGAACACGACGCGCUCAAUAUGUGGGCCUUGCUACUUGGUAUAAGUAUUGGUGUCUCUUCCUGGCUUGAGAAUUGGCUUCUUUGGACCGCCAUGAAUUGGAUCUCAGUGCCACUGACGACACAGCUCUCUUCAGUCACUUUUGGCAAGUCAAUGCGUUUGAGUUCGCAGAAUUCGGCCGACGAGGCCGAUGAUAAGCCUUCCGGGGAUAGUACACAGAACGUGAUUAACCUUUUGGCUAUAGAUGCGUCUCGUAUUGCCAUUGUUGCGGGUUUUCUAUAUUCGCACAUUCUUCAAGCACUGAAGCUGGCGGUGGCUUGUACAUUCCUGGCUCACCUCCUCGGAUGGCAAAGCUUGCUCGCAGGACUGACUUGCCUAGCUCUCUUCUAUCCGCUUCAUUCUCUCUGUUUGUCCAAGUACUCAUCUGUUGAGAAAGACCUCAUGCUCACUCGCGACAAAAAGAUCGCGACCCUAACUGAAGUUUUGCAAGGCAUUCGGCAAGUGAAAUUUGCGGGGCUUGAGGUGAAAUGGGAACGCAGGGUGAAUUUCCUUCGUGACCGCGAGGUAGAAGCUCAGAAGGCGGCUUUCUUCUGGCAUGUAGUCAACCUCUCAAUCCACCUGCUUGGUCCAGUUAUGGUGUCAGCCGUCUCCCUAAGCGUGUACAGCUGGAAGCAAGGCCCGCUCACAUCAUCAGUCGCCUUUCCAGCUUUAUCGACCCUUGGGUAUAUUCAAUUUAUCCUAGGGCUCAUUCCUGAACUACUCUCCGGCCUCGUUGGUGCAAAAGUGAGUCUAGGACGAAUUGCGAGAUUCUUCAAUCUAGCUGAAGGGUUGGGAACCACGACGCCUUUUCGCCGGAUUGAAUUCGAAAACGCCAGUCUUUCCUACUUCAGAUCCACCACUACUGUGUCUAGCAUACUGCAAAAUGUGACACUCAGCUUUCCCAUGAAAGGCUUGAGUGUGGUGUCCGGCCGCACUGGAUCAGGAAAGACUCUCCUUCUUUCUGCCAUUCUAGGCGAAUGCGAGGUCGUGUCUGGUACGGUCCGACGCCCUAUUCCUCCAACAUCUCAGGCAAUAUACAACCAGAACCUUAACCCCACGGAUUGGACUCUCACUUCAGCAAUGGCAUAUGUAGCUCAGACUCCGUGGAUAGAGGCUGGAAGUAUUCGAGAGAACAUUCUAUUCGGGUUGCCAUUAAGUCAUGCAAGGUAUCAACGCGUGCUGUCCGCAUGUGCCCUCGUUCAAGACCUCAACCUCUUGGAUGACAGGGAUUUUACCGAAAUUGGACCCAGUGGAGUCAAUCUAAGCGGAGGGCAAAAGGUGCGAGUAGGUCUAGCGCGGGCCCUGUACUCGCGCGCUGGAAUCCUUCUUAUGGAUGACAUCUUUAGCGCAGUGGAUGUGCAUACAGCACGUCACCUCUUUAAACAUGCCAUUACAGGGAAGCUUGGUGAGGGACGGACGAGAAUCCUGGUCACUCACAAUGUGGAUCUUUGCAUAUCCAAGGCUGACUACCUGGCCGAGCUUGAGAAUGGAACAGUCAAGCACGCCUGCUCAUUGGUUCGCUCUCAUACUGAAGCCUCGCAUAGUUCAUCGCCACAGGAACGCUUAUCGAUGGACGAGCAGGACGACGAAAAGCUUGAUGACAAGACCCACUACCAGGGCAAUAGUGAAAAUAGUACUGACAAUUCCAAUUCGCCCAAGGCGUUCGUUGAUGACGAGUCAAGAGCCGAGGGAGCCCUUCAAUGGUGGUUGUUCCAAAGAUACAUCCAGACAAGCGGCGGAUGGUCAUCCUGGGCUGUUCUGGCAGGAUGCUACGUGACGUACAACAUACUACAGCUUGCUCAGUAUUGGUGGAUCAAUAUAUGGAGCAGGGAUGGCAACACCAGAGACCCAGGUGACAAUGACACGGUAUACUUCCUCGGCAUAUAUACCAUCAUUGCUGCCUUGUCAUGUCUUGCCGGCUCACUGCGCGCUUAUAUUGCACUCCAGACUUCAUUAAAUGCGGCAUCCCGACUCUUCCGGCAAUUGCUGUUCGUUGUUCUUCGCGCACCCUUGCUUUGGCUCGACAAAGUGCCGUCAGGGAGACUUCUCAACCGGUUCACGGCCGACUUCUACCUGGUGGAUUCUCGACUAGGGUUCGACCUGACAGCCGUACUGAAUGCGGGCAUGGACUGCAUUGGAGUUAUCAUGGGUGGAGUACUAGUACGGCCGAUCUUAAUCGUGUUCGCUUUAUUGCUAGCUGCAGCAGCCCUAUGGUAUACGCAGCGGUACCUGGCUGCCGCACGUGAGAUCAAACGGCUCGAGAGUAUCUCCCGCAGUCCGAUUUAUGAGCAAAUCGCCUCUUGCCUGCAGGGUUUGGCCACGAUCCGCGCCUUUGGUCAAACAAAGCGCUACUUUGAGCUAUUUCACACCAAGCUCGACCGCCAGGCGCAAGCAUCCUGGCAUCUAUACCUCUUCAAUCGAUGGUUCACCUUCCGCAUCAAUGUCUUGGGGGCAGUCUUCUCUACUGUGACUGCCCUUGCCGUAGUGAACCGCCCCGGCGUGACGGGCUCCAUGGCGGGCUUUGCACUCGUCUUCACCAAUCACCUUUCCUUCGCCCUUGUCUCCUUGAGCCGCGCCUACUCCACCCUAGAAAUGGACCUCAACGGCGUGGAGCGCAUUCUGGAGUACAGCGACAUCCUCACGGAAGAUACCAAGGGGAAAGAGGCACCGCCAUCUUGGCCGAAACAAGGCAGCAUUUCCUUUACCCGCCUCAGCGCGGGCUACUUCCCGGACUCACCCGCUGUCCUCCAAGAUAUCAACUUCCACGUCACAUCCGGCCAACGCGUCGGCAUCGUCGGACGGACCGGAGCCGGCAAGUCCACCCUUGCGCUGACCCUCUUCCGCUUCCUCGAAGCCCGCGAAGGUAGCAUCACGAUCGACGGGCUCGACAUCUCGACUAUUCGACUCGCCACCCUCCGCAACCGCCUGGCCAUGAUCCCGCAAAACCCAGUCCUGUUCACGGGCACCAUCCGCUCGAACCUCGACCCUUUCGACGAACACGACGACGGGACCAUCCUCCAGGCCCUGCGCCAUGUCCAUUGGUCAUCGUCGAACUGUCUUGAUCCGCAGAGCACUACGACCGUCACCACACUUCACGCGGCCGUGGCGGAGGGCGGGUCGAAUUUCUCGCACGGCCAGCGUCAGCUGCUAUGUUUAGCGCGAGCGAUGCUCUCGCGUCCCGCGAUCCUGGUGCUGGACGAGGCGACGUCCGCUGUGGAUCGCGCGACGGAUGAAUUGAUUCAGCAGUCGAUCCGGGCAGGGUUCGGGCGCGAACGCACGACGUUGCUAGUGAUUGCUCAUCGGAUCCGAACGAUCGCGGAUUUUGAUCGUGUGGCAGUAAUGGACGCCGGGCGCGUGGUGGAGUUUGGAUCGCCGAGGGAGUUGUUGGUGAAAGAGGGUGGGAUGUUUCGGGGAUUGGUGGAGAGUGAUGCUGAUCGAGAGGAAUUGAUAGAUAUUAUUACCUCGAAGAAGUAAGGGUCUAUCAAAGUAUUCAAUUCAACAUCCGAGCGGUGUGUGUUCUUAAGAGGACUAAGCAAAAUGCGGGAAAGCUUCUGUUGCAUAAUUAACCAGCAUCUGGAGAUUGAACC